AUGAAUUGGACCAGUUGUGGGCCAACAACACCAGAUGAGGAGCCACCAGACGAUAACAUAAAAAAAACAGUUACUGUUAUCCUUGUGAUCCUUAUAAUCGCUAUCGCCAUUGGCAACUCGCUUCUGUUUAAAGCUUUUCACAAAUUUCCAAGCCUCAGAACUGCGUCUAACAGCAUUCUAAUGAGUUUGAGUGCAGCCGACAGUUUAACAGUGGUUGUUUUUACCUUGGAUAUCUCCUUCUUGGCUCUUAAAACAAAAAAUGGUCUCGUGUGUACAGUUAGUGCAGGUUUGACCAUUUUACUCAUAUCAGUUAUUAUCGUGCAUCUCACUCUUAUCAGCGUCGAACGCUUCAUCGCCGUGAAGUUCGCAUUGAGAUAUCAAAGCAUUGUAACAACCCGCCGCACAGUGCUCGCCUCCUUCGCUGUGUGGCUGUGGGCUCUUGCUGUUACAGUUAUAUUACCACACACGCUCCGCACAGAAGACGGCAAUAUUUUUAAAGGGCUUUACCACGCUCUGCAUCCAUGUUCUAAAUGCUCUCUAGAAAAGGGGAAACCAAUGCCUCAUGCAGCCAUGGGAUAUCUCAUCUUCUGGGUGAUGUCGGUUCUUGUCAUACCAAUACUGGUCAUACUAUGCUCCUACGGAUACAUCUUCCUCAUUUCUCGUAAACACAGGCGGGAAAUCAAAGAUCAAGUAAAUAUUCAAGGAGCUGCCACCACUAAGGAAGAAAUGAAAGGCGCUCGCACUGUGGCUAUUGUGGUGGGAGGGUGCCUCGUCAGUUUUGUCCCGUUGUUAGUCGUAACCAGUUUACGUUUCCGUGGCGAGUCUUAUCACAAAACCCACAGGAAAAGAGUUGUGAAACACCUGGUUUUUGUCUUCGCACUCGGGUUUAACGCCUGCCUAAACCCAAUAAUUUACGGCUGGAGAAAUUCAAAUUUUAGAAGCGCUUUCCUUGCAAUCCUGAGAUGUGCUUAACAAUCGUUCGAUUCGUUUUUCCGUGUGCUUUGCCCAAAGACAGGGAUAAGCGUUUGUAACAGACAUUUCCUGGUUUUACUCAGACCAAGGAUUAUUGCUACGUUUAAGAGACUAAUUUUUGACCAAUGUUCUUUGUACAACGCAUUAACAAGAGCAUGUGCGAACUUUAUUGAUGUGAGAGAGCCUGAAUGUGUUACAUUUAGCAAAUUGUAAAGACCAACUGGAUUGUGUUCUGAUAAUCUAAGUUUAAAGCUCAGUGAAGUCUUCGUGCUUAGCUUGUAGAAUUCACGUUUUUGUAGUAAGUAGUAUGCGCCGAAGGACUCGCUCGCGUCUAAAUAAAUCAUGUUCCUGUUGGCGUACCAGUUAAAUUAUGAUGGAUGAAAAAACGGAAUUCUACACUGAAUUGAUGGAAAUUAGCAAGGUGUGCUUCGCAAACUGCAUUGACAAUCGGUUGAGAAAAUGAACUACUGACAUUCUAGACGUGUUUUCUUCGACUCAGUAUAUUGCAUCCAUUGAUUGUGUGUUGGUUGCCACGUUUUACAGCCACAGGCUGUUAAAAAUGUGUGAGGUUCACCCAAUGUGCAAUAGUGAGCCAUAAGUAAACGUUGCCUAACAUGUUACUAAAUUGGAAUGCGUCAUGGGUAACUUUUUAGCUUAACAGCGGAAAACCGAAAUUAAUAAUUUAUUUCGCCACACUCUUGAUGAAGAUAUAACGAUACAGAGUAUAUAUCUGACUGAAGCCAUGAAGUCGCUAAUUAAACAAUAAAUUCUACAUGCCUCCUGCAAUUAUUAAUACCCAACUUCUUUGGGGAUGUCAUUGCACUUCACGGACGGUUCACUUGCGGCGUAAGCAACCGACUUUUGCCACUAAACUUUUCAACCAAGGAUGUUGGGAACAAAUCAAAAUUAGAUUGAUAUCUUUUAGGAUUUGAGGUAUAUUGAUUACUAUGGAGUUUAAAGGAGAAGGAGAUGGGGUGGUACAGGUACGACAUAUUAAAAUUUUCGUCCCACAAACAAGUAAACCUUUGCCAAUUUCCAAUUUCAACCAGAAUUCGAUAGAAAGAAGAUCAAUGAAAAAGCGUUGACUGCUAUAAAGAAUUAUAAGAUAUUGGUUGUCUCUGCUGACAGUUGUUUUAAAUGUUGCAUGGAUUCAAACACGAAAGGGACGGAUGGCUGAUAUCUGUUUCUUUUAUGUUUUCGUGAAGUUUAAAUUAUCAUAUAAAAUUUGUGCUCUAUUGAUGAAGGCGAAUAAACACAUGCUCAUCGUUUAUUUUUACUGAAGCACGUUCGCAAAAAUCAACGGUUAUUUAGACGGACGGACCCUCAGAGCGAGUCUUAUUAAUUCUUUGUAAACUCCCCCAAACGAUAUCUAAGCCUCCAUCAAAAUAAACAGAAAGUUAAACAAGUUAACAAACGAUACCAUGCAAAAGCAAUUUUAACAGAGGCAGCUCAUUUGCAUGCUUUUAGAGUUAUGUUCUAUUUGAGAUCACCACCUGCUCACGUAAAGGGGUCCUAUUCGCUGUAGGCGUUUAGUAUACCUCUAUCUGCUACGAAAUAAAGGAGUAAAAACCGUGAAUUUUCAAAUAAUCUAUAAAUUGUCGAUACUCCAGACAAUUUACGGAGGGUCUCAAUGGGGUGAUGGCUUUUACCGCUAACGGUUAGAAUUUUGGCUAAUUUACGACUAACGGAUGAUAUCUUAGAAUUGUUGCCACCAGGAAAUUGUUUACUGUUAACUUUUUUUACAACUAACGGUUAAAAUUUGCCAAUUGUUACGACCAAAUUUUUUGGCAGUUGUGCGGCUAACUGUUAACCCCAUUAAGACCUUCUUUACACGUUUCCGACUUUCGCUUCCCAUUUCCUUUUUUAAAGUCAGGAACCUUCUGAUAAAAACUUGAUGUGUUUUGAUAGUAUUCUAUCAUACUAUCGGUGCAUUCAAUAACCUGCAUACGGUUUGACCAUCACAUAACGCCAAUAAAUAUGAACACUGAAUGAAGAUAAAAAAUUUCAUAAAAUGAAUGCACGGCCAUUUUAGAGAAGUCAGUUCGCUAUCAAUUGAAAAAUUUUCCCAAAAUAGGAAAAAACAACAUCUUUCAAACUGAAAAUUAAUUGCUUUUCCAACAUGACAAUUCGCAGAGCAGCUGUUUCAACUUAGUUUCUAAAAUUAAAAUUCAAGUAGGCAGGUCCACCAUUGCCAAGAAAAAAAACUAAUCAUUUUGUUUUGUUUCAGGGUAUUAAUUUAUCUAUGAAACUGGAUGAACGUUUAUGGAGUUUACAUACUUUCCUUUAAAAGGCUACUAAUCAGCCGGCUCUUCAUAGCUGCUGCAGCUGUUUCUUCUUCGAUGAGCGUGAAAAUUUUUUAUUUUGUGAAAUAUAAAAGUUAUGAAAAUCACGGAAGAAAAUUAUAUUUUAGGAACCUCAUGAACCAAAGUGAAAAGUAAAUGUUACAGAUGACGCGAAUUUGUAAUUUAUCUUUAUUCAGUCUUCGCAUGAUCAAUAAACUGACUGCCCUGACAUACAUAGCCGGCCUGACAUACAUAGGCUGGAUGACACUUUCUUCUUACCUCUACUUCUAGAAGAAGAGAAGAGAAAGGAAAAGAAUCCUUUAGGUCGAUUCAAAGUGGUUGUACCUUGCGUUAUUUUCAUAAUUAUCUUUGAUAAUUAUCAUCAUAAUUUCCUGUUUUGAAAGUAUAAACACUGUAAUGACGUCUCUAAGCUUACACGUCACAGCCCCAUCUAAUAUGAAAUUUUCUCUCUAUUUCUGAAGUUUCGAUCACAACUCGCGGCUUAAAGGUCGUUAUCAAUGAGUCAGACGACUGAUAUUUUACCUUCUACCAGCCCUCGUCUACGAACGUUCAUUCCGCGAAAUGGCAUUUCACUCGUCUUCUCCUCCUCCGGAAAACGAGAAAAGCCUGCCGACUGAGAUGAAGGCCUUGGUUGUUACAAUCCUCGUUACCAUCACAAUUGUCUCAAUCUUUGGCAAUACGAUGGUGAUCAGGGCGUUUUAUAAAUUUUCAAACUUGCGAAAUGCAGCUAAUGUUAUAGUGGUGAGUUUGUCAGUGGCUGGCAUUUCAAUGUCGGUGCCCUUCGUAUUACACAUUGCUACCAUUUUGGUCGGUAAGAAGGUACCUCCUCACCAACUGUGUGCUCCAGCAUCGAUAAUCAACCUUACUCUUAUCGGCAUCGUCAUUCUACACUUGACUUUAAUCAGCGUUGAACGUUUUAUCGCCGUUAAGUUCGCUAUGACAUAUCACACAAUAGUGACAAACCGCCGAACAGUGAUUGCUUCCACGGUGGCUUGGCUAUGGGGAGUUUGUGCCGUAAAUGCCUUUCCCGAGGCAUUCAAGGCGACUGAUAAAGUGUUUGGAGGUUAUCACGCUGGCUUGACACCGUGCUCACGUCAAUUCUCUCGUUCUCGCAUGGAGAACUCUGUUAAGACGUACCUGUUUUUUCUGGUGAUAUCAACGUUACUCGUGCCCAUUAUGAUUAUCAUUGCAUCAUACAGUUACAUAUUCAAAAUCGCUUGGAAACAGCGACGACAGAUCAAUGAAGAGAUCCAUGGAAAGCUGACCAGAAGAUCACACGAAAUGAAAGGUGCUUAUACAGUGGCCAUUAUUGUGGGGACAUGUCUCGUCAGUUUCAUUCCGCUGGUUGUUGUCUUGUGCCUCAAAUUCCUGAGUUCAACAUCGAUUGGAAAGGAACACAUGCACCUAGUGUAUUUAGUGGCCAGUUUGAAUGCUUGUUGGAAUCCCAUGAUCUACUGCUGGAGAAACGAAAACUUUAGAAAUAAUUUUAAAAGGCUUUUAAAGUGCAAACCAGAUGAUUGA